AUGCGACUUAUUGAUGCUACCACACUUGAGCUACGGCUCUUCAUGGAUGAGUCUCUGAUACCGCCAUAUGCGAUCCUAUCACACACGUGGGGCGAGGACGAAGUCACUCUACAGCAGUUUACGAACCAUUCACAGCGGGACGAUGCCACUUUCAGAAACAGCCGCGGCUACUGGAAGAUUCUGAAAGCCUGUCAGCAAGCCCUGAGCGACCGUUUGACGUUAGUAUGGGUGGACACUUGCUGCAUCGACAAGAACUCUUCUGCAGAGCUGAGCGAAGCCAUCAACAGUAUGUUCCGGUGGUAUGAACAAGCGGCGGAGUGUUACGCCUAUCUCGAUGAUAUCAAUGUGGGCUCCGAAGCCUGGGCUGACAGCCUCAUGUCCAAUGACGAUAAAGAACAGCUUGCCAGGUCGCGUUGGUUCACUCGAGGAUGGACCUUACAAGAAUUACUAGCUCCAAAGGAGAUACGGUUCUACGGAACAGAAUGGAGACAUUUUGGCAGGAAGAGAUCGUUGUGUGUCGAACUGGGGCGCAUCACUGGUAUCAACGCAGACGUGCUUUCAGGUAAAAGCGACAUGAAGGACGAGAGUAUCGCAAAGCGAAUGAGCUGGAUGGCCGGGCGCAAUACGACACGAAUAGAAGACAUGGCAUAUUCCCUGAUGGGCAUUUUCGACAUCAACAUGGAGCAAAUGUAUGGUGAAGGGAAAAGGGCUUUUGUUCGGCUUCAGGAAGGCAUCAUGAGGUUUAUCGCAGAUCAAAGCCUAUUCGCAUGGGAAGAACCCCUUCCACACUCUCCUGGAACGCCCACCUCGGUAUUUGCGAGUCACCCAAGGCAAUUCGCCACUUCGAGCGGGAUAAUCAACCGCAGAUUCGACGACGAAUUUAGGCUGCCAGAGGACUAUUUGUGUACAAACCGCGGCGUCAAGAUCAAACUCCGCAUCCGAAAACCGACUGGUUCCUGGGGCGGACUAGCACGUAGCGAAGAAGAUUUCCUGGCCGUGCUCGAUUGCCGCUACGAAGACCCGAAAUUUGAGAACUGCUGGCCUGCCAUCACAAUCAGACCGCUCAAAGGGCCCAAAGGACAGUACAUUCGUGUUGAAGGCCCAGCAAUCCUUCCUGUUGUUUUUGGCGAUGUCAGCGACGCCCAGAAGCAAAUGGGCGUUAUAUCUGUUGGCGAUAUAGACGACGGAGAAUGGGUUUAUCUUCGGGCAAAGGUUCCUGGCUGGGCUGCCCACUGA